AUGUCUUCUCAGAAUGAACGUAUCGAACACGCCUUAGCCGUAAUUGAAGCGAGCUUAGCCCAAUUCGUUCAAGAUUUUCAUAAUGCGAUAAUGCAAUAUCAACAAUGGCGACAAGAGCAGCUACUGCAACAAGUGGCGGGUCAGCUACAACAACAGCAAGAGCCGCAACAUGACACUAUGAUGACAACAGUGGGUUCAGCACUCGAAGCCGCCAACAUUGCUUCUCGUUCCACUGCAGCCACCAUAGCAUUGGCAUCGGAUGGCCUUCAAGAACGCUUCCCUGGCAACUCUCAAGCCCUCGCGUUCCGGGCAAUUCAGAAUGAAGAACGACGACGACGACGACAACCACAUGCGGAAACUAUCUAUGCGGAUCAUUAUAACGAAGAAGAUAGACAAGUUGACGACAACACCGACAAUGAAGGAAAUAAUUCACUGGCGCAAGAACAGGAUCAACUACCUACUCCUCCAGCAAGCAACGAUCAAUAA